AACAAGAGGAACAUAACUAUACCAGAAGCAAAAAGGCAGCUACAUUAGGAGGACUAGUAGUUGCACCAACGCGCGAAUUGGCGAUGCAGACACAUGAUAUUUUAGCGAAGUUUUUGACUCACUUCGAAGGGCCUCAAAAGGUGAAGGAGUUGCGUCCCGCGCUUUUUGUCGGAGGUAAAGAGACACAAGCAGAAAAGAAAAUGUGGCAAGCGGCAACGCGAAUAGAAGUUCUUGGAGAAACAGGAUCCCCAGGAGCAGCUACCUCAAAUAUCUCCUACUCCAUUGCUCGCGUUUUAGCCGUUGCUACUCCGGGACGUUUUUUGCAUUUUCUUCGCGAACAACAUGAUCAACAUAGUUCGACAACGAAUGUGAAGCUGUUUGCCAAAGAUCUUGAAGUGUUGGUGUUUGACGAGGCCGAUCGACUGUUAGAAAUGGGAUUUGAGAAGGACAUCCGCGAAAUCGUUUCUUUCUUGCCCAGACAAAGACGAACAGGCUUAUUCUCCGCGACGUUGCAAAAUUCAGAGCUGCAUACCUUGGUGAAGCUUGGGUUCGCAGGACGAAACCCCGUACAGGUCAAAGUCGAAAUCAACCAGCAACAAGACCACACUGAGGUGGCCAAGAAGAGAAAGACCACGACUCCCUCAUCAGACGUGAAAGAAGCGGACCACGAGAAGAAAGAAAAUACCACUGAAGCAGCAGGAGGGAGCAGCUGCAAGCAGUUGGAGAUUCUGCCUGAGCGUCUCGAAAACCAAUUCGUCGAAGUGCCGUUUCAACAGAAGCUACCUCUUCUGUACCACCUGUUGCAGAAGGAAUGUCGACAGCAGAAGACCAUAAUCUUUUUUCUGACUUGCGCCGCUGUGGAUUUCUAUCAUAAAGCGCUUCUGCACUUGGGCGUUAGAGGAGUCGAGAAGAUUCAUGGUCAAAUGGACCAAAAGGCGCGAGAAAAAAACUGGAAAGCAUUCAAAGAAAGCACGAUUUCAACACCAGGAGGUGGCUCUUGUGAAACUGCAGCGGGAACAGGUUCAGGUUCUACUGCCGCAUCUUCCUCAGCCAAGAGCAACAAAAAGAAGAACUCCAAGAAGAAUCAACAACAGAACAAGAAAAACCAAGAACAGUGUCGUGUCUUAUUGGCGACUGACGUUGUCGCCAGAGGUGUGGACGUGCCUGAUGUCGAUCUAAUCAUCCAAUUCGACCCUCCGUGCGACCCAGCUGCUUUUAUCCAUCGCAUCGGAAGAACCGCACGAGCAGGAGCCGGUGGACGAUCGUUGCUCUUCCUAAUGCCGCAUGAGACGGCCUACGUGGACUUCUUGCGCAAUCGCGAUGUGAAGUUGAGGGAUUUGGGCCAUGAGCUUGUGGGGAAAAUCAGAAAACAGGAGAACGGAACAACUUGUACAACAGCGAGAGUAGACAAGAGGAACGAGAAAGAGGACGCCAGAAAAGAACGAGUAAACCUUCUAGAGCAAGGCGAUUCACGUCUCCCUCUCGAAGUUGCUUUACAGGAUUCAAAUAUUUCUCAACCCGUAUUGGAAAAGAUGAAAAAGCUCACUGAAACCGACCGCGCAGCGAUGCUGAAAGCCAGUGCGUGCUUUGUCUCCUUCAUCCGUGCGUACCAGGAACAUCAACUGCGGUUCCUAUUUCAGCUGGAAGACUUGCCUUUAGGCAAUGUGGCAACGGGAAUGGCCUUACUGAGGCUACCACGGAUGCGCGAAAUUCUUGGAAAGAAAAUCCUAAACUUCACGCAAUCAACUGUGAAGCCAGACGACGUGCCAUUUUUGGACAAGACAAGAGAAAAACAACGACAACUCAAGUUGGAAAAACAAAAGUAUUUAAAACUUACUUUUAGUAUUAGUUUUGGUGCUUGUUCUUUCGUCUCGACGGAUGGUUCUUCUUCUACUUUCUGUUUUAUUCACCAUCUGUGUAAGUAGUUCUGUUUCACCUCUAGAAAGAGGUCUUCGACAUUUAGUACUCUCCUGACUCUCGCAACAAUUGAUAAAUAGUCGUCCUUGAUGUCCUACUUUUUCCAAUUAUGCUUACUGUUACUGUUGUACAGCACUUAUUUCUCCCAACCCCAACAGGCAAGAAGCCCUCAUCUCGCGUGAAGAACGCGCUGCGGAGGAGCGCGCGAAGAAAAAGGAAGAGGAGAAGAAGAAGAAGGCCAAUGACAAAGUGAGAACGAGGACCGAAAAGCGACAGGCAGGCAGACGCACGCGUUUAGCAGAGUGGAAAGCUCUCCAGAUGGAAGAAUGCUUAGCCAAAAAGCUGAAGAAAGGAAAGAUUUCACAAAAAGAAUUUAAUCGCGAAGUCAAGAAGAUUCGAGCCAUGGAGGAAGAUGGGGACGAAAAUUCUGAUAUGGGAAGCGACAGCGACGAUGACUCAGAUUCCGAUAGCAGUGAUGAUGAUGCUGGGGAUAGCAGUGAUGAUGAAGAGGUCGCAGCUGGGAAGAACAAGAAGAAGCAAGCAGGCGAUUCAAAUUCUGCUACUGCACAAAGUGCUAAGAAAGCAGGUGGUAAAAAAGAUGCAGAUGACUCUAGUGACGAGGACGAGGACGCAGAAUCACAUGUUGCAGGCUCUGAUUCCGAAGCAGCGGCUCCCAGCAAGAAGCGAUCUCGAUCAGACGACAUGUCAGAGGACAAUGACAGCGAUGCCUCUUUGGGCAUUAGCGACGAAGAUUCUGAGGAUAGCGAAAAGGCAAAACCAUUGAAGAAACGAAAAAAACGCGUUGUCAAAAAGAAGAAUAGAAAGCGCUAAAUGUUCUGCCGCGUGUAAUUUUCGAUUUGAAUUCUAUGAUUCAUCCCGUCCCUUUCUUGGAUGACCCCCUCCAAAACAGGAUAAUGAAGAUGACCAUGCAUGAUAUCUCUCCCACAUCAACCUAUGAACAACGAGAUGAAGGUCAUUCUCUGAC